CCAUUCGUUCGCAUAUUAGUCUAAUUUCCUUUACUCUGCCGCUGCAAAAGCACUACUCUCUGCGCGGGAUUCCACACCAUUCUUUUAAUCUCUGGUUUCCUUAUUCAGCACACUGUUUCAUUCUAAAAGCAAUUUUGAACAUAAAAAACAGCGCCUUGCGAAAACGCGCGUUUCAAUGGCGGGAGGGAAAGCGAAGAAGGAGAAGGCGAAGGCGCAGCAGCACAUGCCGUACCAGGGAGGAAUCUCCUUCCACAAAUCGAAGGGGCAGCACAUUCUCAAGAACCCCUUGCUCGUCGACUCUAUCGUGCAAAAAUCCGGCGUCAAACCCACCGACGUCGUCCUCGAGAUCGGUCCCGGUACCGGAAACCUCACCAAGAAGCUUCUAGAAGUAGCGAAGAAAGUCAUCGCCGUCGAGAUCGAUCCACGUAUGGUUCUCGAGCUCCAGCGACGGUUCCAGGGCACUCCUCACUCCAAUCGCCUCACGGUUAUCCAAGGUGAUGUGCUGAAAACCGAUCUUCCCUAUUUUGACAUAUGUGUUGCAAACAUUCCCUACCAAAUAUCUUCUCCUCUCACAUUCAAGUUACUCAAUCACCAGCCUGUAUUUAGGGCUGCAAUCAUAAUGUUCCAGAGAGAAUUUGCCAUGAGACUAGUUGCUCAGCCUGGUGACAAACUAUAUUGUCGUCUUACGGUGAACACUCAACUCCAUGCUCGAGUCUUCCACCUCCUCAAAGUUGGAAGAAACAACUUCAGGCCCCCUCCCAAGGUUGAUUCCUCUGUAGUGCGAAUUGAGCCAAGGAGACCCCGUAUCGAAGUAAAGCAGAAGGAAUGGGAGGGGUUUUUGCGAAUUUGUUUCAACAGGAAGAACAAAACACUUGGUUCGAUAUUUAGGCAGAAGAGUGUGAUCUCCUUGCUUGAAAAGAACUACAGAACUGUUCGGGCGCUGCAAAUUGGGCAAGAAGAUUCAUUGAAGGAAACAGACACCAAAAUGGACUUUGCUAGUUUUGGUGAUGAUCAAGGUAUGGAGAUGGAUGAUGAGGGAGCAGAUGAUGAUGAAAUGGAAGUUGAGGAUGGGGAACCUGAUGAGGUGCAAUCCGAAUUCAAGGACAAGGUUUUGGGGGUUCUAAAAGAGGGAGAUUUUGAAGAAAAGAGGUCGUCCAAGCUCACGUUGCAGGAAUUCCUAUACCUGCUUUCUCUUUUUAACAAAGCUGGCAUACACUUCUCCUAAUUUCAGAUGGUCAAUUUUCUUGAUAGCUUCUUCAGUUUUAAAUCUACAAUAUUUUUUUCUUAUUAGUCUUAUCAUUAGGCUCACACUUUUCAAGGAAACAGUGCUAUGGAAGAAACUUUUCUUAAGCAUUGUAUUUUGUUGAGAUCCUUCGUGGAUGUGUACUACUCCAUAUAAUCUAUUGUGUCAUACAGAUUAUUUUUUUGGCAAAUAUUCUCGUUUUCUCUUUUUGAUGCAA